GAGUAGACCAGACCAGUAGUCCAGACCGGUCUACGCCUCCUGUACGUCGUGAACGUCAUGGUGAAGGUCGAACCCGUCGACACACUAGCUAGGGUUCACACCGUCUUGGAUAUAGAUCCCGUCGACUCGCUCGAGAAUUGCUGUUUGUCCGAGUCAGUUUUCACAGAUAUGGGGAAAUACACGGAGAUUAUUGAGAGAGCGAGGAAUGCAUUUAGCAGUGGAAAAACAAAACCCUACGAGUUCCGUAAGCAACAGUUGCAACAGCUGUUGAAACUUUACGAAGAAAAUGGGGCUGAAAUUGUGGCAGCUCUCUCAUCUGAUUUACACAAGAGCAAGAUGGAAUCAUAUGUAAUGGAAAUAGAUUUAUUGAAGAAUGACAUUAGGAAUACAUUAAUACAUUUAAAAGACUGGAUGAAACCUGAAACGCCAGAGAAGGCACUGGCGAACAUGUUUGAUGGUGUGAAGAUUCUGAAAGAGCCCUAUGGCGUGGCACUAGUGCUUGGAACAUGGAACUACCCAGUACAACUCACAUUGCUUCCAGUCGCCGGUGCAGUGGCUGCUGGGAACUGUGUCAUCAUCAAGCCUUCCGAGGUUGCGCCAGCCAGUGCUAGUCUGAUAGAACGGCUGGUGCCUAAGUACCUGGACUCGGAAUGUUUCCAUGUAGUCACUGGAGGAGUGUCAGAAACAACGGAAUUGUUGAAACACAAGUUUGACUACAUCUUCUACACCGGCUCCACCUCUGUAGGCAAGAUUGUGCGAGCUGCUGCCAACGAGCAUCUGACACCGGUCACGCUGGAGUUGGGGGGCAAGAGCCCUGUUUACCUAGACAGUACUGCCAACAUAAAGAUAGCAGCCAAGCGCAUUCUGUGGGGCAAAUGUGUGAAUGCCGGACAAACUUGCAUUGCUCCUGAUUACAUUCUUUGUUCUCAACAUGUCCAAAAACAGUUCCUGAAGGAAGCCGAGGUUAUCCUGAAAGAGUGGUACGGAGACCGAUCCCAGGAUUCACCAGACCUGUGCAGGAUCGUUUCUGACAGACACUUCAAGCGGUUGGUAGACUUGAUGGACACCAGUGGUAGGAUUGCUGUCGGAGGGGAGCGAGAUGCCACAGAUAGGUUCAUCGCUCCUACAGUAUUGGUUGACGUCAAGCCAACAGACCCAAUCAUGCAGGAGGAGAUAUUUGGACCCAUUCUGCCCAUAGUUGUCGCAGAAAACGCUUACCAGGCCAUUAGCUUUAUCAACAGCAGACCCAAACCAUUGACAUUGUACGUGUUCAGUGCGGACCACAAGGUACAAGACCUCAUCGUAGAACAGACCAACAGUGGCUCCGUCAGUAUCAACGAGGUCGUCAUGCACUACGCCGUUGAGAGUCUGCCGUUUGGUGGUGUUGGCAGCAGUGGCAUGGGAGCGUACCAUGGCAAGUACAGCUUUGAUACAUUCACUCACCAACGCAGCGCUCUCAUCAAAGACUUCAACCCCCUCCUGGAGUCCCUAUCAGCGAGUCGGUACCCACCUUACUCGGACAAGAAGAUGAGCUUCAUUCAGAUGAUGAUGAGGAAGCGAGCUGGAUUGAGGAUCCCGUACGCCACACAGCUGUUCUCAUUCCUUCUUGGUGUGGCUGCGACAUACGCAUUCAUCCAACUCAGGGCUCGAAAGUACACAGCUUGAAGACACGACUCUUCACUUCACUUCGGUUUAAACUUAAGUUUUGUUUUAGUACACCUAUAAAGUGGCAUUUUCCCAGAUAAAAUCUUGCAGCUAUAACAGUUAUCAGUUAUCCAGAUUACACAAUAUCUGGAUUCUAAACAAUUUAUCAGUGUCUGUAUUUCAAAGUAGUGUCUUUACAUCAAUUUAUGAUCAAAACCAUGUUUAACCAGAAUUUUUGUUUCAUCCAGUUUUGAUAUCUACUGUGCAUAAAAAGCCACACUACCUUUGUAAGGCUACCUGUAAAAUCAACAUAGUUUCAUCUUUAUACGUUAUAAUACAGAUUGUUACUGUGCUUUUAUUUAUGAUCGAUUGUGUUGCACGUUUUAAACGUUAUCAAGGAACUUAAUCGUAACAAUUUAUUUGAUUGAAAUAUUUAUUCAUAUUUAUUAUAUAAUUUUUGCACAUUUAAUAUAAACUAUUAUAUUUUAAUAGCUUUGUCCUAUUGGCUUAGCUUUAAGUUGUUAAUGAUUUCAAAUCAUGGUUUCAAUACCAGGGUUAUUACAAAUGAUGUUCAUGAUUUCAUACAUACAUAAAAUAUAGUUUUAUUUGUUAUACAAAGAAAUAAAAUGGUUACAACUUUUGAAAAACUCAAAAAUUUUCGACACAGAUCUGUAAAUGCUCGAUACGGGAACCCCUUGUGGUACGACAGAUGUCAAUAAUGUAGUCAAGCUCUUGCUAGACUUUGAAAAGUGUGUCUAGGUCUAUUGUUUCGAUAGCAUUGGUAAUCCGUUGCUGGAUCUCAAGUAUGCUAUCUGAUAAUGGUGGUGUGUAUGCCUUAUCUUUGAUGGAUUCCCACAAGAAAAAAAUCAGGGGGUGAUGUCCAGAGAUCUUGUUGGCCGGUUCAGGGGUGUGUCAUUAUUCGGACCACCGAGCUCGUUCCAUAUCUCAGGCAGCACAUUGUUAAGUUCAGCCCUACUACAAGUAACAUUCAAAUGCAGCCAUUUCUCUUAAAUUCCAAGUGUCACUUGCCAAUAUAGUGGUUACUAGAAGGAUAAUCGUUAAACCUGGUUCUAAAGUGUCGUUGCACACUAAUAACAGAUUGGUUAAUGUAAUAUCCCAACUGGCAAAAAGCUUUCCUGCCUUCAAAUUCAGCCAUAAAGCCCCGUUUCCAUCAAACAUUUUCUGCUCAAAACAUUGUUGUCAGCUAAACUCACAACAAAGUUGGAGUAAAAUGUUGAAUGGAAACACUAGCAUAAUGUUUUGAGCAGUGUUGGCCAACAAAAAGUGUUGGCAGCCGUUGCAGCUGACAACAUUGUUGUGAGCUGUGCUCAAAAGGUAAUGGAAACGGUGUCCAGCUGCCAACAUUGCUGUGAGCAGAACUCGCGCAUGCGCACUUGCUCUGUGAGUAGUUCCAGCAGACGCCACGCCGCACAUCCACCGCAGCACCAUCGCACCUCUAGCCUAGCAGACGGGUUAAACACCAACAACACCACGUGUUUUUGUUUAUGGUGUAAACAUUCUUGUGUAGUGUCGGUGUAACUUGUUGUGUUGGGCUUUUGGACGGUAUAGUGAGGCCAUGGCGAUGUCAAGUCAAUAUUGGGGAAAAGACGAAGUGUUAAAGUUGAUAUCUUUGUAUUUGUAACAUUAACUAAUCGAACAGGUUUUUAAUUUUAAUUUUGAGAUUCAUGUAUCAGGAUUCGAUCUUUGAAGCCAACUGUUGUUAAUAUGAUCAAAAUAAAACAACGAAUUCUGUUUACUUAGUUGAGAUUACAAAAUAAAUAAAUAAAGAUACCCUACUAAAUAAUGAAAUGUUUACAGUUAAUUAAAAACAGAAAUAAGAAAAUCAGUCGUUCAAUUUCUAAAAUCGGCCAGGGGGUAAAAUUCCGGGGGUAAAAUUCCGGGGGGUAAAACUCCGGGGGUAAAAUUCCGGGGUUAAAAUUCCGGGGGUAAAAAUCCGGCCCGUACAUCUUCAGUUGUCUAAACGCUAGUUAUAUGGACAGUUCAAUUCCGGUUUUCAUCGCUAAUCUAAUUAAUCACGCUCUGACUAUUUUCAUUAGACUUCCAAAUCCGCGGGGGUAAAAUUCCGGACGCGAACAAACUUUUGGCCACUCAGGUUACAACGUCAUAGUACGUCAGCUUUGCCCAGGGGGUAAAAUUCCAGGGGGAUAAAAUUCCGGCGACCCGUGGAUGGUAGUGAAAUGUGCUCACAGUAGAAGGAUUGGUUGGCGGGAAAUGUUGGCGCGAAAUGUUGGCGCGUACUGCUGGAAUGGAAACAGCGCGCCAACAUUGUUGGGAGCUGUGCUCAAAUCAACUUGAACUUAGCUCCCAACAUUGUUGGUACAAAAUGUUUGAUGGAAACGGGGCUUUACACAACACUUACAACAAUUGACUUGACAAACAGCUGAUAUGCACCAAUGUAAAUGAAACUUUAUGAGUUUUUCUUUCCAAUGGUACCAACUAAAAUAGUUUUGAAACAAAUUAACCCAGUAAUAUUUAUAAUCAAAAUCAGGAACAUAAUUUGUAAUAACCCUGUAUUUUUACUUAAUACUAGUUAUUUGAUUUUGUACCAUGUAUCUGAUUUUUUUACUUGUUUUCUUUUCUUUAUUGUUUUACCAAUGUACUGAUAUUGCAUUCUACAAA